CUCAAAGAAGCCCCCUUUUUGCUUUGAUGACAGCUUUGCACACUCUUGGCAUUCUCUCAAUCAGCUUCAUGAGGGGGAACAGCUGACUGAUAUGAAAAUAAAUUAUAUAGACAGAGAAGAAGAAAUGUAUGUGACUGAUAAGAAGCCAGAAGAUAUAGAGGGAGAAGAAGAGACGUAUGUGACUGAUAUGAAGGCAGAAGAUACAGAGGGAGAAGAAGAGACGUAUGUGACUGCUAUGAAGGCAGAAGAUACAGAGGGAGAAGAGGAGAUGUAUGUGACUGAUAUGAAGGCAGAAGAUAUAGAGGGAGAAGAAGAGACGUAUGUGACUGAUAUGAAGGCAGAAGAUAUAGAGGGAGAAGAAGAGACGUAUGUGACUGAUAUGAAGGCAGAAGAUACAGAGGGAGAAGAAGAGACGUAUGUGACUGCUAUGAAGGCAGAAGAUACAGAGGGAGAAGAGGAGAUGUAUGUGACUGAUAUGAAGGCAGAAGAUACAGAGGGAGAAGAAGAGACGUAUGUGACUGAUAUGAAGGCAGAAGAUAUAGAGGGAGAAGAAGAGACGUAUGUGACUGAUAUGAAGGCAGAAGAUAUAGAGGGAGAAGAAGAGACGUAUGUGACUGAUAUAAAGGCAGAAGAUAAAGAGGGAGAAGAAGAGACGUAUGUGACUAAUAUGAAGGCAGAAGAUACAGAGGGAGAAGAAGAGACGUAUGUAAGGGGUGAUCAGCAGUGUAAGGAGGAGGAAAUCCCUACAGAUAUCGGCACAGGUGAGUAAUAAACACUAAUUACAGAAGUCACAUAUUAUCCUUACUCAGUCACUACAGCAAUCUCUUAUCCUACACCGUCCUCUAUCAGUACAGACUAAUGAGGGAAAUGUAUCUGCCCAGUGAGGUAGCCAGGAGUCAUCAGCCCCUAUUAUACUCCUGCACUCCCCCUCACAUCAUGUCACUGUGUGUUACCAGCAUAGAGAUCUGACCAGUCUCCUCCCCACACUCUCUGGUGUAUCUCAUACAUCAGGAGCCAUCAGCCCCUAUUAUACUCCUGCU